AUGCCGCCGCCGAUCCCCAUCGCCCCCUCCUGCUGCCUGACCGGCGGGUUCAAGCUGGAGGUGGAGCAGCUCCGCGCCGCGCCCCAUGUGCCUCCCGCGCACGUCGGAGACCGAGCUCCGUCCCGCGCGCGCCGGAGUGGAGGCCGCAACGGGCUCGCGUGGCCGGCGGAAGCCGGAGCAGCGGCGGGAGGAGUCCGGGCGUCCGCGUCUGCUCCCCCUCAUUCUCUGUGUUCCUCUCGCUCCUUCUCCCUCUCCCUCUCUGCCGGCACGCCCCUCACCCCGCUCCCUCUGCCUCUGCCGCUCCGGCCGCAUCCUCGCCGUCCCAUCCCCUCCCCUCCUUGGCCACCCUCCUCUCCACCGCGCAGGGGCCCGCGGGGCGCAUCUAGGGUUUCGCCGCGGCCGGCCGCCGGGGUCGCCCUCCGCACGACCGAUGCUGGGACGAGAAGGCCCCACGCGUGGGGAGAAGGCCCUCUCGCGCGCGUCGCCGGGGAGGAGGCCCUCUCGCGCGCGUCGCCAUGGCCGGCUCACGUCCUCGGCGCUGUGAAGGAGAACCCCACCACCGCCAACAGCGCCGAGUCCGACGGGCUCAGCCCCUUCGCCAUCGAGGAGCACAACAAGCGCCAGCUGCAGAUCUACUCUUCUGUGUAUAGAUCCACCUGCACAGGCGGUGGCAAGUCGGGUUGCCCGAUGAGCAGAGGCGACACCCGUGGCCCAAAGCGGCAGCAGGGUGCGCUGGCGGCGCGACCCACGGCACGACGGGAAUGUUCCAUGCGAGCAUGCUGAGAGGCAUGGAUUUGGUGUUGUGGAGUGUUUUGUUUGGCAUGGAGUUGGCAGAGUUAUUCAGAACCAAUUAUAUAUCACCAGCGGCACCAUCUCUUAGGAGCCUGCGCGUCAUAUCUUGCUAUGAUGUCUCCAGUGAAGGGUUUGCAGAGGCAAUCGGAAGCUUCCUCUGCUCCAGGAGCUUUCCCUUUCACUUUUCUAGCAAUGUAUGUGGGCAGGAAGUGUUUGAGAUUGCUGGAAAUUCAUGUCCACAACUCAAGCGCUUCAGACUCAGUAUGGAUGUAAUAAAGGAAUAGAAGAAAUUUUGAUUUC